GAUUAUUUUAGUUAAAAUGGCAUAAUUGUGAAGCCUCUGGUACUGAGUUUUGGGUGAGAUGAUCUGUUUAAGAUUCUUUCUAUUCGGAGUUGGAGUAGCCCUCUCCCCGUUGAGGGGUGAUAUUUCCCUUUACCUGUUCUCCAGAUUGCUGUCCUAGUUAAAUGAAGGUUCCUCUAGUUAAAUGGUAUUACAGUUAUAGAAGUCACUCGGGUGUCACCUUUGGUAAAGUGAACUCAGCUUAAGAUUAAGAAACUGGUUUCAAACUGACCCUUUGGCCUCUGGAGCAAAUUCAAAUGUAACUCUCUCCCAUCCCCCUUCUCUUCCAGAUUAAUUAAAAGAAGAAUGAAUAGCAGUCCUUGAAGAUAACUGGGCAAUUUUUUUAAAAAUCUUUUAUUGUAGACGUUCAAGUGGAGUCAGAGGCUCUUCUUUACUGGUGUGAGGAUUUAUACAAGUCUUCAGUUUGUCAACAUAGACUAACAUCAUUUUUAGAGAAGACAUCCUCCUCCCCCUUUUUUGGUGUCUUGGUGCCAAAAAUUAAAUUUGGGGGCAUCAUUUUGACUUGUGUUUGUGUCUAGAUUUUAUAACACAAGUAAUUUAAUAAAAUUGUGACUUGUUUUGCUUAAAACCAACCAAACCAUUGCAUUGAACCUGGAAAUCUUGAAUUGAGAGGAUUGGCAUCUUUAUUUUAAUACAUAUAUCUGAAGACAAAAAAAAAAAGCAAAGGCUUUUUCAGAGGUGUGCCUCUUAAAAUUCUUCAUUAUUGGAGACAAAUUUUAUAGCACUUGCAGUGAAAUUAUGCUAGAGUAUAAGCAGAAUCAAAACAGUUGCAAAAUCUAUUGAGUAACUUGGGGAGACCUCUCUUUGGAAACUUCAUUUUUCUAUGAGUUACCAAUAGAAAUUUUUUGUAACGUACCAUAUGUGAGUUACCAUACGUAUUGGUAUACAUUUUCUCCAAAUAAGCAGCUAAAAAACAAUGCAAGUGUCAGACUUACUUAUUUAAUAUAAUAGUUUUUAGCAAUGGAAAACCUACAGACAAAUUUCUCCUUGGUUCAGGGCUCAAUUAAAAAAAUGAAUGGGAUGGAUGAUGAUGGCAGCCCUCCAGUGAAAAAACUGAUGACAGACAUUCAUGCAAAUGGAAAAAUGAUGAUAAACAAGAUGCCAACAGUUAAGAAGGAACACUUGGAUGACUAUGAAGCACCAAUGGAAACUGAUGGAGAGCAUGUCAAACGAACCUGUACCUCGGUGCCUGAACCUUUACAUUUAAAUCCCAGUUUGAAACACACUUUGGCACAAUUCCAUUUAAGUAGUCAGAGCUCUCUGGGUGGACCAGCAGCAUUUUCCGCUCGGUAUUCCCAAGAAAGCAUGUCACCUACUGUAUUUCUGCCUCUUCCGUCUCCUCAGGUUCUUCCUGGUCCACUGCUCAUCCCUUCCGAUAGCUCCACAGAACUCACCCAGACUCUGUUGGAAGGGGAGUCUAUUUCUUGUUUUCAGGUUGGAGGAGAAAAAAGACUCUGUUUGCCCCAAGUCUUAAAUUCUGUUCUCCGAGAAUUUUCACUUCAGCAAAUAAAUACAGUAUGUGACGAAUUGUACAUCUAUUGUUCCAGAUGUACCUCAGACCAACUUCAUAUCUUAAAGGUCCUGGGAAUACUUCCAUUCAAUGCCCCAUCCUGUGGGCUGAUUACAUUAACGGACGCACAGAGACUAUGUAACGCUUUAUUGCGACCACGCACUUUUCCUCAAAAUGGUAGCAUACUUCCUGCUAAAAACUCAUGGGCUCAGUUAAAGGAAACGGGCAGUGCCUUUGAAGUGGAACAUGAAUGCUUGGGCAAAUGUCAGGGUCUAUUUGCACCCCAGUUUUAUGUCCAGCCUGAUGCUCCCUGUAUUCAGUGCCUGGAGUGCUGUGGAAUGUUUGCACCCCAGACAUUUGUGAUGCAUUCUCACAGGUCACCUGACAAAAGGACUUGCCACUGGGGCUUUGAAUCGGCCAAAUGGCAUUGCUAUCUUCAUGUGAACCCAAAAUACUUAGGGACACCUGAAGAAAAGAAACUGAAGAUAGUUUUAGAAGAAAUGAAGGAGAAGUUUAGCAUGAGAAAUGGAAAGAGAACACAAUCUAAGAUAGAUACACCAUCAGGAAUGGAAUUACCGUCAUGGUAUCCUAUUAUAAAACAGGAAAGUGAUCAUGUUUCUCAGACACAUUCAUUUUUACACCCUAGCUACUACUUAUACAUGUGUGAUAAAGUGGUUGCCCCAAAUGUGUCACUCACUUCUGCUGUAUCCCAGUCUAAAGAGGUCACAAAGACAGAGGCAGGAAAAUCCAUACCAAGACAGCCAGAGAAGCCUUACAGUAGUGGAAGACAUCAAAAAACAGUGUCUUAUCCAGAAGUCUCACUGGAGGAACAGGAGAAAAUGGAUUUAAAAACAAGUAGAGAAUUACGUAGACAUUUAGAUCCAUCAAUCUCAAAUAACUCUGUAAGUAAAAAGAAACCUGAGUCUACCACUUGUAACAUAAUCAGAGACACAAGCAAGGCGGGAAUUGACCAUGAUGCAGCAGCUUCAUCUCCACUUCUUGUCAAAGAUGUCAUUUGUGAAGAUGAUAAAGGAAAGAUUAUGGAAGAAGUAAUGAGAACUUAUGUAAAACAACAGGAAAAAUUGAACUCAAUUUUGCAGAAGAAGCAACAACUUGAGAUGGAAGUUGAAAUGUUGAGUAGUUCAAAAGCAAUGAAGGAACUCACUGAAGAACAGCAGAAUUUACAGAAAGAGCUUGAAUCUUUGCAGAAUGAGCAUGCUCAAAGAAUGGAAGAAUUUUAUGUUGAACAGAAAGACUUAGAGAAAAAAUUAGAGCAGGUAAUGAAGCAAAAAUGUACCUGUGACUCAAAUUUAGAAAAAGACAACGAGGCUGAAUAUGCAGCACAGCUGGCAGAACUAAGACAGAGAUUGGACCAUGCCGAGGCUGAUAGGCAAGAGCUCCAAGAUGAACUCAGACAGGAACGGGAGGCAAGACAGAAGUUAGAGAUGAUGAUAAAAGAGCUAAAGCUGCAGAUUUUGAAAUCAAAGACUGCUAAAGUAUAGAAACCUUUAAAGAGAUUCAUCUGUGUGUUUCUGACAGAGUUUAUUUUUGUUUGUUUGCUUUGGUAAUUGAAUUCUGAACUGCUUAUUUGCAUGAAGAUAACUAGGCAUUCUAUCCAUUUGUAGAUCAGAGAAAGUGGAGAGAUUAUAUAUUAGUACAUAAAUUUUUACAUUUCCAAAUGAAUGAACAUGUAUGUUUCUUUGUACUUUUUUUUCCCAAACAACUCGGUAACAACUCUAUGGUUUCAACUAUUAGAUAAUCUGCCUAUAUUUCUAAUGCAAAUUUAACAGUUGUAUACUUUUUAAAAGCUGCAUUGUGUGAUGAAAAAUAGUUGUGAAUUUUGUGAUCCAUAUUUCAGACUCAAUUUUAGAUACAAUAGUGGUUGUCAUAUUUCAAAUAUAUGGAGAUAUUCAAGGGGUUGAAUCUCCUUUUUUCAUUAUUACAGUCUCCUUUGAAGUUGAUAAUGCUAUACUCAUUAUUAUAUACAAAAUUUGCUUUUAUUUUGUUCUUAUUAUGGAAUGAAUUUUCUUCAUUUCUCUUCUUAAUGUCUCCUCAGAGACAUUUUGUCAAAAGAAAAAUUUCAUUCAUGAGGUUAUAGCACACCCCAUGGGCAUAAUGGGGAUGGAUAAUAUGCUCUGUUAUAAUCCUGCUGCUAAACGCAAGAAACAGUUGUAAUUUUUUUUUGCUUUAAAUAUGGUUAUAUUUAGAUUUUUUUUUUUAAUGCAGCAACUUCAGGAGAGGGAAUAAAAUGUAAAAAUUUCUGAACUUUGUUAAAUGUUUAUGUUGUUAAAUAGUGGUGUUGAAAUGUUACUGUUCUUGAGAAAAACUGAUACCAUUGAUUUCUAUACAGUCCAUAAUCUUCCUGUACAGUUUUUAUAUGUAGUUAUGGGGCUUACUGAAAUUUGUAUAAUGGAUUUGUUUUCCUUACUGCCUUUGUUUUCCUUUAAGUUGUAAAAUAUUAAAUGUCUUAAAGGUUAUUUUGGACUUUUGUAUGUUUAAAUGUUAAGUCUUAUCAAAAUUUGCACAAAUGGACCAUUUCAAUUACUACUUAAUAUCAAAGUCAGGAAUUUACAGUCAACUGAUAGAGUGUGUGAUAGAUUAAUAUAGGAAAGUUUAGUUAUCUGCUAAAGGAUUUUUAGAUAAUUUUUAGGAGGUAGGAAUCUUAUAGUUUAGGAGAGGAGCAACAGCUGCACUUUUUUUUUCCUUUUUGCACAGAAAAGUGUCAUUUUUUUAAUGGCAAAGUUCAUAUUAGUUAAUUCUUGGCUUAAGAGAUAUUAGGUGAAAUUUUUAGUAUGCAUUUUUUUAAGGAAGUUUUCUGAAGCUACUAUUAAUUGACAUUAUUAGCCCAUGAAUUUUAUGUUUCUCAUGUUCUUGCCUAAGGUACUGAAUGAAAUUACUUGAGCUAAAUCUAUUUUUGAAAUAAAUUAGCUAGGGUUAUGUACUAUUCCCAGCAUAGAUGAUAGGUACUCUAAUGGUAUAGAACUUCAAAAAUCAGUAGGUUAUCAUUUAACCAGUUAUUUUCAUAUUUUACUUAAUGGUACUAAUGUAUCCUAAAAGGAUUUUAUAAUUCUGAAAGUAUAGUUUUUUCACUAGUGUGAACUAAAUGUGUAUUUUCAAUUUACCAUUUAAAUUUUGCUGUAUUAAUCCUGCAAUUUAAUUUGUUGAUUUUUGGAAUCUCCUCAAGGAGGAACAGAUGUUAAAAAAUGACAUACGAGAACAGUGUUAAAAAUGACAUACCCUCCUAAUACUUUUUAUUUAAAUUGGAGAAAGAAAAAUCACAGAGACAUUCUACGAUACAGUUUAAUUUUAGUUGUGAAUUAGUGUCACAGCUAAGCUUUUUGGGUGACUUAACUUAAGCUCUUAUAAUUUUCUUUGAUUCUAAUCAGUCAAAAUCUUUCUACUCAUGCUACUUAGUAAAUGAUAAGCUUAAGUUUCAACCCAGAACUUCUAAAUUGCUUCAUCUUUGAAAUAUGUUACUUAAAAAUCCUAAAUAGUGCUUAAAUACCUUUAAAUUAUCAUAAACUCUUAAUUUAAAAUUGAGCGAAAUAUUUUUUUCUGGUCCCUCACAUAAUAAAAACUUGUCACAUGUAGUCUUCAUUUUCCCCAAGAUACAUUGAUGUUGCCAUAGGUUUCUGUCUAACUUUCUGGAAUACAGUUUUUUAGUCAAUUGUAAAUGUACCUAUUCUGGUGAAAAGUAAUUUUAAGUUAAACUGUACCCCAUAGCUUGAAAAUACAGAGAUUUUGUAAUACUUUAAAAGUGGCCUCUGCUAAAUUACCUUGCCCAUAUAAACUUACUCUAUUCUUUGCAUGCUCAUUUUGUGUGUUGAUUGCUAUCUUAAAGUUUGUUUUGGUGUUGUUUUUGCGUGCUAAUUCAUUAGGCAAGCAGAUUUUCCCUCAGAUUUUAUAAUACUCUAGGAAAAAUACAAAAAUUAUUACUUUAAAAAGCUGCAUUAAAGGAACAGCCUAUCAAAAGUGCUAAAGCAUCUUUAGAAGGAAGGGAACGAUAUUAGCUUACUGGGUGGUAGGUGAUGUUUAAUUUGGGUGAUGAUAGUUUCUGUACUCUAUGAGGAAAAGGUACCAAAUUUAUAAAGGUAGUAAAUGUAAAAUCUGCUGUCAUUGAGGAAGCUCAAAACCACCCUAAUUUCACAAAUUCACUUGUAAACACUAUGAAAGGAUUUGACUGACAACGUAAGUUUGGCUUGUGCUUUAUUUUUGUAAAGCAUAUUCUUUUGCUUGAAUUUCUGUGUUCAUGAGAAUUAGGAUGUUUCAUGCUUCUUGAACUAAUUUUAUAGCAUAUUUAAUAUAUUACCAGUUGGAAUAUAAAUCAUUUGUACAUAUUGAAUUAAAAACCAAUUACUAAAGUAGGUGAAAUAGACUGAGUACAGUAUUUGCAGAUUAUUAAUUUAUUUGAAGUCAUGUCAGAACAACCAAUUUAUUUGCACAUCUGUGGCCUCUGAGGGAAAGUAAAAUGAUAAAUGAGUAACAUGCUUAAGGUAGUUCCCUAAAAUUAAUUGUAAAGCUGGUGUUGAAGGCUUUUGAUCAGCUCUAAAAUUUUCUUCUCUACGAAAAGACUUAACGUUGUGAUUGUUUAGGGAACAAUCUUUAUUUUUAUUUGGUUUUAUGCAUUUAAUCUGCACAACAGGACAUUAAAAAAUAAUAUAAUGAAAAGCUGUGCUCAGACUAUACAUCUAUUUCUGUGCUUGGAAUUACUUGUUAAUAGUUUUUAAUUGAAGUUGUCAGCAAUAAGGGACACAUUACUGAUGUAUUAUAUAUUGUGGGAUUGAAUAAGCAGCUUAAUUUUUUUCUAGUAUAGAAUACUUGUGCGUUUCUGUUGGGAAAAUUUAUAUAGGUAUUCUAUAUUGCAUCUUGUUUAAAAGGACAGUCUUUUUGUUUUGUUUGUAAAAUCUUUCCAUUUUAAAUGGCUUUAAACUACAUAAUGCAAUUGGGGCCUGUUUUUUAAAUAAUAUAAUUAAAUGUCUUAUAUAGUGCUACUGUUUUUGAAUUAGAAAGUGAUCAAAUGUAAUAACAAAUUUAAAAGUUAAGCCCAGAAAACAAAAGUGUAUUAAAUUAGUUGAAUGUAAAAUUUACAAGAUUUUCUUCAAUAUAGAUACCUCAACUUGAAAAUAAAGCACAGCAUACUUAAAGUAGUUCUAGUAAAAAUGUCCUACCUAAAUUACUAAAUCUAGGACACCUUUUGGGGGAUUAUAGUUUGGGAGAAAUAAAAUAUACUUGUUUUUAACCAUCCUGUUAGAAGUAUUUCUUUAUCCUGAUAAUAUUAAGCCAACACUGUAGUCUUAAAUUAUUUCUGAAUUUUAAAUCUGUGAAGGCAGUAAAUGAAAUACCUGUCUGCAACUGUUGAAACAAAUUGAUGACUACAUUAACCAUAAUUCAAUAUAAAAUUUUGCCAAUGAUGUACAGUUUUAUGGUUAAAAUUGCUGUGGUUGGUUGUAUUACAUGACACAAAACUGUCCUCUACCUCACGUGAAAUAGAUAUUUUAUAUGGUUUUACUAUAAAACAAGACUCAUCUAUUUGGUCACUUAGUUUACAAAUUUUGAAUUAUAUUUAUUGAAACAUGACAUACUGUGCUCUUAGCUUAUACAUACCUCAAUUGUAUUUUGUGCUGUUUUCCAUUUUCAUGCCUUGUAAAUAACUUGUAUAGAUUGUGGAUUAAAUUCCAAAUAAAAAUUUUUAAUGCCAA